GUGUUGAACGUCAUCCGAAGGCUCUGCAACAAGGAGCAUGCCAACUUACACUGCACCAGCUAUCAGAGCAGCAGGAAGGCCAGUGUCAGACUCCACGCUCUAUCCUUCUAUCUGCAGGAGAAAAAGUGUUUCCCAGAGAAGGUGGACAUUAGUGCUGCUCUGGAUCUAAUGAUGCAGUGCGCCUCCACGGAGAUCACCUGUGAAUCUGGCGCCGUCAUGGCGGCCUCGCUGGCCAAUGGCGGCCUCUGUCCUCUGUCAGGUGACCAGGUGCUGUCGCCGGUGGCGACGCGCAGCAUGCUGUCUGUGAUGCAGGUGGCCGGGAUGAAGGAUUACUCCUCCACCUUCCACUUUAAGACCUCGGUACCGGCCGUGUCCAGCAGCCAUGGCGCCCUCCUGGCGGUGGUUCCUGGUGUUUUGGGUCUGAUGGCGUUCUCUCCGGAGACGGACGCCUGCGGAAACCCCUGGAGGGCCGUCCACUUCUGCCAGGAGCUGAUUUCCACAUUCCAGUUGCACAGUUUUGACAUCCGGACUCCGUUCAGACAGAUCCUGGCUUACAGACAGUGGAAAGCUGAAUCUGAGGGAUACCAGAUCAUGAAUGUCCUGCUGGCUGCGUUUAAAGGAGAUGUCCAGACCCUGAGGAGGUACUUCCUGUCUGGAGUGGACGUGAACGCUGUCGACUACGACGGCCGGUCGGCUCUCCACGUGGCGGCCGCCGAAGGUCACGCCGAGGUCAUCAGCUUCCUGCUGCAGAACACGAGAGCUGAUGCUGACCUGAAGGACAGGUGGGGGAGCUCUGCUCUGCAGGAAGCCCGGCGACACAACAGGGAAGCUGUGGUCACACUGCUGCAGGGACACAUCUGACCUUUGACCUGUUGGGG